UCAAGCAGAAGUCUUCCAAUCAACCAAACCAGACCUUCCCAUCUUAAUACGAUUUACACAUGUUUUGUGGAAUCAAUAAUAUAAUAUUUAAUGUGUUCUUUGAAAUUUAACAGUUUUGUUACUCAGUUCCUUUUAUAAAAACCUUUCGUCUCAUUUUGAUCAUUAUAUGCGUGUAUAAUAUAACUUCAAUAGAUAAUAAUUGCUGUCUGAGCAGCAUCAAAGAAAACUAUUUUUGAUUAUGUAAGCAGAUUUCAAAGGAAGUGAAAUUAUUUAAAAUUUUCAAGAAUAGAACGUUCUAAAAAGCCAAAUGUGUUUGUGUUACGACAUCAGUUAGGAAUGCGUAAUUAUUUCAAGGGAUUGUUUAUUUUAAGGAUUGAAGCGGCAUCAUGACUUGUUUGUUAAUGAUAUGAUUUUUCUGAUAAAAUGACGAACUAUAAUACUCAUUUGAAUAUUGAUAGUGAUAUAGAAAAAGGACGCUUAUUAGAUGACCACAUCAGUGACAACUUUUUAUUUUCCAGAGGUGCCGGUAUUUCACAUCCGCAAUCGCGAAGCAUUCGUCGGUUAUGGAAUCAACUGUCUAGACUACAACGUUUUAUGAUUGGCAUGCUGUUUUUCUUUGUGAUAUUGUGUGUAAUAGUGCUACUUCCAUGGACUGAUAGUUCCUUUAUAAUUGGUGUUAAAACUGAUAAGCAUAAAAAAGUUCAAGAAGCAAAGACCAGAGACUUUGUGAUUGACUUUGAAUUUGAUGAAAAAUCUGACAAACAUCUUAGCACUGCUGCUGAAAAAAUAGAAAAGGAAAAUGUACCAAAGCUUAAGAUGGAGAAGGUUAGUUUUGAUGGUGGUGGAGGUAUUUUUAUGGAAAAAAUUGUAGGAGCUGCUACAGAACAAAAAAGCUCAUCUCAGGCAAAACAGAAAGCAGUCGUCGCUGCUUUUUUACAUGCCUGGAAAGGUUACAAAAACCAUGCUUGGGGGCAUGAUCACCUUAAACCUAUUACCAAAACAUUUCAAAAUUGGUUUGGUUUAGGUCUUACUAUAGUGGAUUCUUUAGACACUAUGUAUAUUAUGGGAUUAGAAGAAGAAUUCAAUGAAGCAAAGGAAUGGGUUAAAGAGAAGCUGAAUUUUAAUGUAAAUAAAGAUGUUAAUUUCUUUGAAACAACAAUUAGAGUUUUGGGUGGUCUUCUCAGUGCCUUUCAUCUAAGUCAAGAGUCUUUGUUUCUUGAAAAAGCGAUAGAUUUAGCCAAUAGAUUGAUGCCGGGAUUUAGAAGUUCUUCGGGAAUACCAUAUUCCGAUGUGAAUCUUUUAACUGGGCAUGCACAUCCUCCUACUUGGGGACAAGACAGUACUGUAUCUGAAAUUUCAACUGUUCAAUUAGAAUUCCGAGAUGUGAGUCGCUUGACCGGUGACCCGAAAUAUGAGAUUGCAGCCUUCAAAGUGUGCCAACAUCUUCAUCAAUUGCCGAAGAAAGAUGGAUUGGUUCCCAUGUUCAUUAAUGCUGAAAGUGGCCAAUUUCGUUCCACAUCAACCAUAACAGUGGGAGCUAGAGCUGAUAGUUAUUAUGAGUAUCUACUGAAGCAGUGGAUUCAAACUGGAAGAACAAUUGAUUGGUUGAAAGAAGAUUAUAUGGAAGCAGUAGAUGGAAUUUUAAAACAUCUUGUCAAACAAUCAUAUCCAAACAGGUUGACAUUUGUUGGAGAAUUGUUAAGUGGCCGUAGCUAUAGUCCAAAAAUGGACCAUCUUGUUUGUUAUUUGCCUGGUACUUUAGCUCUUGGCUUUCAUUAUGGUAUGCCAUCUUCACACUUACGAUUAGCGUUUGAUUUAAUGGAUACUUGUUAUAAUAUGUAUGCACAAACAGCCACACGACUCAGUCCUGAAAUUGCAUACUUCAAUUUACAGCCUCAUGGGACAAGUGAUAUAAUUAUAAAGAGUAAUGAUGCCCAUAACUUACUUCGACCAGAAACUGUUGAAAGUCUUUGGUAUCUGUAUCAUCUUACUCAUAAUGAAACAUAUCGAGAUUGGGGAUGGCAGAUAUUUCAAGCUUUUGAAAAAUAUGCAAAAGUUCCAGAUGGAGGCUAUACUUCUAUUGGAGAUGUCCGAAAUCCUCUCAUUACUAAACCAAGAGAUUUAAUGGAGAGCUUCUUUUUAGCAGAAACGUUAAAAUAUUUAUUUUUAUUAUUCAGUGACAAUCAAGAAAAGUAUUCUUUAGACAAAUACAUCUUUAAUUCAGAAGCUCACUUGCUGCCUAUUUUAAACUCGUAGUUCUGUUGUUUCGCUUCUGUAUUAUGUUUGUGUGUAUAGUAUAAAAAUAUUUAAAUUUUAUUGUUAAGAAUUUAAAUAAUUUAUAUGCCUUAAAAGGUUGAAAAUUUAUUUUUAGAAGGAAAAAAGAAUUUGUGCAAUUUAACAUGGAUUAUUGUCAUUUGGGCUGCAUUAAUUUUUUUCUAUUUUUCUUGUAAAAAUAGAAUUUUAUUUUAUAAUUUAUAUUUUGUGAAAUAAUGAACGUGAAUGAAAUUUUUUUUCAAAUAAAAUCUGGUUUUGAGUGGGUUUUUUCUACCAUUGUUUUAUGAUGAUCAUGAUUCUUAAUGUAAAUAUUGUUUAAUAAAAAUGAAAAUUUGCAUUUCA